GACAUUAUUUUUAAUAUCAGUGUCGCAAAUUAAUUUAAGUUAUCCAAAAAGUGUUUUAUAGGAAAACAGCAUUUUUUAAACGCAACAUGUGUAUGUAGCUUUCAUUGCUAGUUAGCAUGGCGAACAUGGAAUUGCUUCGCGUAAAUCGAGCUAGAAUAAAUGCAUAAGGUUCCGAUUUGUUCGAUACAGUGAGUUUAACGAUAGCCACCUGACACAUUAGUUUAUACUGAACAGUGUACGACGUGUGUGUGUGUUGCAAGACAUCAGUAGCACGUUAACCUGCUUGAGUUGGUGAUGUCAGUGGCUGUGCUAAUGCUUUUACAUCUUAAAGUUGGCAAAGCAAUUUAAACACAACCACGCACAAUCCUACAGUCUCUUUAUAGCGUUUACAAGACAAUAAUACGAUUUUGCAGAGAGUGACUUGAGUUUGAAAACCUGGUGAGGUGAAUGCUUAAACACUGACAGCAUUUUUGGACGUCAUACCUUAAUCGUUAGUGGUGUAGGACAACACAUUUGUUUGAAGGUUUUGAAACAUCAGCCAACAUGUGGCAGUCAUGUGCAGAAUUCCAGUCAAGCUUAUGUUUUUAAGACCAAAGUCAAUACACUACACAAAGGCAGGCUGCUGGACAUCUAAUAAUCAUUACAGCGAAAGGGCAAAGCCAAAACACUGAGUUAAAUGAUAACUAUUAUAUGUGUGUAAGCAAAAUUGUUUGACUGCUAAAAUGAACAUCAAAUCAAUUUUGAUCUUUUUACUUCAUGCACAUUUCAUUUAUUGUGAAUGAUUCCUCAGUCCAAGUUAUAAUUUUAAUUUAAAUGUAUACAAUACCCCUCCCCUUUAACCACCUGUCAUGUCAUGUGAAACUAUCCGGAUAGAAUCGUGACUUCAAUUUCAUGUGAAUUCAUGUAAAUUGAGACAUCUCUCAUUGUCAAAGCAUCUCAGUUUACCAUUAUUCAUCCUAAAGCUAAAAUCUGUAACUUGUUUGGUUCACAACAGCAACUUUAUAACAAUGAUUUAGAUUUGCAUAUGGUUUGUUAGUUUGACGUCCUAAUGUAGCUGAGGCAAUGUUUCAGAUUUCUGCUCUAUUUUAUGUGUUUACAAUGAUUGUAUGCAUGUACAGUUGCAGUACAUAUGCUGACAUUGUUUACCAGCAAAAGCCUUACAAAGAGCUUAUUAAAAGUCUAAAGGAGUUAAAACGGUGGCAGAAAUUCCUCCUCUAUACUAAAGAAAAUGGCCCUGAUGUUAUUGUGGCGACAUACAGACCACUUCGGAUGAUGUAAACAUAAUUACACGGUAGCACAAAAAAACUUCCUGUUUCAGUUUUUUAACACUACAAAAACAAUUGAACAAAAUACAACCACCAGAACAAUUAUAACCGAAGUAAAAUGUUAAACAAAUUUAAGAAUAUUUAAGAUUUAAAGGAGCAAUGUGGAGAUUUUUGCGUUAUCUAGUGGUGAGGUUGUGAAUUGCAACCAAUGGCUCACUCUACCCCUCCCUUUUGAACUAAACACAUAGAACUAAGAUGUCGUCGCAUUUGCCGAAGGAGAUAAUGUAUUUACGAAACGCGAUCUGUAGAGGUAAUAAAAUAAAAACAUUAUGCUUCAUUAUGUAAGGUCUUUUUACACCUAGGAUCACAUAGUUAUGUACACAAGGCUGUAUGUUACCUUUUUUUGCUCAUUGAACUGGUGCUACAGAGGUUAAAAGUUUUGUACCAAAGGACAAAUAGUUGUAGUAGAGGUAUAAAAAGUGCAGUUCAUCACAUAAAUAGGCAGGUAAAUGACAAAGGACAUAAAUGUUACAUACAGAUAUAUGGCCUUAUCAUUGUUAGUUUUUCCAAAUUCCUUCUUCCUUUUUAAUUGUUCCGAGUUCUGUGUUUAUGACAGUUUAUACAUUUUCAAGUAAUCAUUUUUUUCAUCUGGUUCAAAUUAAGUGGAUUUUUAUUUUGUUGUGUUGUCGCAAAGACGCUUCAAUUUGUGUUUGAGGCAGAUUCCCUCGAACAGUCAGAGCAUGCCAAACAGCUAUAUCGCCAUCUGAAGGGUUCUUUGGGGAGGGGACACGGACACCACACAAAACCUCACUCCAAAUAAAGAGAAAAUUACGUUGAUUUUAUUCUUUCUUUUUUCCAAGUGAAUUUUAAACGGACACAUUUAGAGAUACAAUUGCGUUUUUCCCUCUAGAGAUUUUUCCCAUUAAGAGCUUUACCCUUCUAAGGUAGCUUCUGAUCGGAACGCAGGGAGUGAUCGUUCGUAAAAUAAACUUAAAACAACUCUAUGGAUGAAGUUUGUCUGUUUCUGUCCUUGUAUAUUGAGAUACAGACAAAUCCACGAGUGUUAUGCUUGUAACAUUUUAGACACGCAGAACAAGCAGAGGACAUAUUUAAAUAGUAGAAUCCUGCUUAACUUGUGUGAUUCCUUCCAUGUUUUCCCACAUCGUGCAGGGCUCUAGAUAAAUGGACUUGGUCCAACUGGGAAAACAAGUUUUAAUCGCAGAAAUACAAAAAAAAAUAGUGGUGCGCCAUUACUUAACCUCACACACAAACAACGACAAACGCACUUCACACAAACAUGCAGCUCUGUCUAAAGGCUAAGAUACACUACAAGACUUUUGCUCAGAUUUUCAGUCUGGACUUGUUGCAGAAAGUCUGUGCCAGUCUGCAGAUUUUAUCACUUGGUGUGUUUCUAUCUGAAAAUUUCAAAAAGUCUGCAAGUGAAUAUAUUUAUCGCACGCGUGCUACACUAUUACAUUUAUUCUUAGCACAGACCGAUUUUUUUCGUAGCAUGUGUGACACAUUUGUCGCAUUACAGUACAAUACAUAUACAGCCCUGGCCUAUAUAUUGAAUUUCUUUCAAAGGUUCCUAGUAAAUAUAUCUCACUGGACCUUUAAUUAUCUAUAUACGAUUUAAAAAUAAAAUAAAUAAAAAUAAACCCUGGAAGUGCCUCUGGAUCGGUGUUAACAUCUUGCGAUUUUUAUCUAGUGCCUGUACGCCUUUGCCGAUCCCGCUCCCCUAACAUAAUCUCCAACAAACACUUUCAUGUCUGCUCUCUAUCCCUGUCAAAUAAACGCAUAAAAGCCCCUAGAAUAUAGACCUAACAAAUGCUUUUCCUAUGUUCUGAAAUCAUGUUAUUUUUAGGACAUACUCUAUCUAAUAAAUUGCUAUUUUUGGUUAGUUUAAUUCUCUUUGAUUUGUGUUCCAAACCGCCCCAGAGAAGAGGUGUAUGGAGAACCAUCUUUUCCACGGUCUUGUCUGCUUGGGUGGUAUGGACCAAAGUCUGACUGGUGUCUUUCACACGUUUUCAAAUGAACUGCCCAAACAGAGCAAUCAAACCAUUGCCUGGAUUUGGCGGCCGGAAGGAAGGAACAGUGUGGCAUCCCUCUCCUCCUCUCAUGUCCCCUCCCUGUGCGUCCUUGCAUGUCAGUUGCCCCUCGUCACCCCCCCUGUGUCUCCCCCAGUCAGUCCUCCGUGUUCCUCCCCCUCAUGCUUGGGACAGACCAGCCGCCUCACUGUCAGACCAAUGACUGCCUGGAUCAUACUGCCUGUCAGCCUGGCUGCCUUCUCCAUCACUGGGAUAUGGAUAGUGUAUGCCAUGGCUGUAAUGAACCACCACGUCUGUCCUGUCGAAAACUGGUCUUACAACGUGACGUGCACAGAGGAAACGGCCAAGCCAGGCUUCCCGAAAACAUGCUGUACCAUUCAAGACAUCCCCCUCAUCAGUAAGUGCGGAUCUUACCCUCCGGAGAGCUGUCUGUUCAGUCUCAUCGGUAAUGUGGGAGCUUUCAUGGUGGGUUUGGUAUGUUUGCUUCGCUACGCUCAGGUCAUCGAGCACAGGAACCACUGCUGGCUCAACACCAGUGGACUCGUGUCUGGAUGCACCAAUGCUGUGGGACUGGUCAUGGUGGGCAACUUCCAGGUGGACCACGCCAAAACGCUUCACUACGUAGGUGCUGGCGCUGCCUUCCCAGCAGGCAUUGUGUUCGUGUUUUUGCAGUGCGUGUUGACGUAUCGGGUGGCUAUCUCUGCUCUGGACUACUGGAUGGCUUACGUGCGUGUGGCACUGGCUACCGGUGCUCUCAUCACACUGGUUCUUAGUGGAGUAUUCUUCAUCCACGAGAGCUUCGUGUUACAGCACGCAGCAGCCAUCUGUGAGUGGGUCUUCACUGUAGUCAUCCUUGUAUUCUACGGGACUUUCACCUACGAAUUUGGCACCGUCACUACCAACACCAUGUUGGCCGGCCUCCAGCGGAGCCUCUCUCAUGGGUCCGGAGUCCUCAUCGGAGACGAUGUCCAAGUAGGAGCCCGAGGAGGUGGUUCCACCAAAGGGUUAAAAUCCCCAGGAGGAAGCAGUACCUCCACCCAUCUGAACUGCACUCCUGAAAACAUAGCAAUGCUUUAAUUCUUUUAUUAUCACACACAUCAGCACACAUGGUCACGUCCUGCCGGGUGGAAAGCCUCACAGUGGUGCUCUGAGGCACACUUUAAGAUUAAAGUGAUCAAGGUUUAAGAGAACCGUCCAGUCAAAGUCAAUACAGAUUAAAAAUCAGUUGGGUUUACAGGUGUGGCUGUUUAUAUUGAUGUAAGAUUCGAGAUUUUAGGUUUGUCUGAUAGAUUUGUCUGCUUUUGUCCUUAUAAAGCUGUUUGGGGAUGAGAAGGACAGGAUAGUUAUUUUUUAAAGAUAGAAUGGGGGCCCUGGUCACAUUGUUUGUUUUGCCUAAGCUGUUGCACCUGGCAAUUAAAUAUAUUUUUUACGGUUACGUUUGCACAAAUGUUUCAGGGGUGUGUCUCGUUGAGCUAGCUACUGUUCGCCCAACUUUGCUGUUGCAAUGGAUUUACACGUAACACAGAUGUGACCCUGCCUGUGAAAACCAAGCUAAAGUUAAAACGUAUUGGCCCGGUUUCACAGACAAGGCUUAGUUCCAGACUAAAAUCAAUGUGUGACGUGUCUUAACUGAAUAUAACCUGCCCAGAAAUAUCUUUAAAAAUAUCAGUGCCAUUGUUUUGUUUCAAGAUACACACCGGUAAUGUAUUCUUCUAAGGCAUUUUUAUAAAAGCGACAUACAUAUCGUAAUUCAACUAAGGCAUAGUUCUGGCUUAAGUUAAACUGUGUUUCUUAAACCUGGCCGUUGUUUUCUACAUAAAAUCAUCCAACAUAAUGUAAAAUACAUUUAGUGAAAAUAUAAAGUAAUGUCAUGGCAUAUGGAAUUUAAAUUUUGAUGCUUUAAAUUAAAUAAUUAUGAGAUUUUAGUCUAAUUUUCACUGGCAGGGUCUUGAUUUAUAAAAUUUUCAUUGCAGACUAUCAGGAUUCAAGUAUUAUUUUUUGAAAUAGUGAAUGUCUAAAGUAUGGGGGAACUAUAUGAGAACCUUAUUUUGGAGUUAGAAACAAAAGAGAUUAGUUGAAAUCUCAUGAAAGCGUUACAUUUCUUUUAAACAUAAUAUAAUACAAAUACAAAAUUGUGUAUAGUACAUGUGGCCUUUUUAUUGUCAUGUUGGCUUGCUUUGUUCAUGUUUUGUUCAGUUUUUGUUUCUUGAUGAGGUGGGUCUUGUUUUCCCACUUUAAGAAAGGGGAAGUGAUGCAAGGUGACACCAGCUCAUACGUUUUAGAGUAAUUACAUUUAUACUUACUGUACCUUUAAUGCAGAUACAGGUAAAAGGUUUUCAUGUUUUCUUUCAAUUUUUAAAAAAAAUUCUCUGUCUAACGGGUCAUUAAAACCCGUUCGCAAAAUGCCACAUCCAGUCACCUAGUGACUUACUGCCUGCAUAUCUGUGCAUAUGUUUUGUGCAUCAUUGUGACCUAACUACAAAUGGUGUGGAACAAGUUAUAUUCUACAUAACAUGAGUUGACAUUUCAAAGUUUUUCGUAUUUUGUUGUUGCCAAAGGAUGCAUCUCCUUUAGUUUAAGGUACACUGAAUGCAUUUCAUUUUAUUACUUUUAUGUGUUGUAGGACACAUAGCCACAGAGAAAGCAGUGUCAUUUAGAAGGUUAUGCCAAUUCAGUACAGCAAUAUUACAUUUCAAAAUGGUUCGUGAAUUGGUGUCCAGGCUGGAACCUGGGAAACCAGAGUGGAACUUUUUGAGGGUUGAGUGGUUAUGGUGGCCUUAAUGUUACUGUGGUAUCUGUGUGGUGAUUUCAAUUCAGGCUGUCAAUCAGAGGCUCCCUUUUGCUUUUUCAUUAAUUGCUUGAAUUCUUGUGUCACACAGAAAUGUGCCAGUUAUUCUUUCUGUAUGUGUUUUUGUCCUUCAAUGGGUUUGUGGUGCCUCUCAGUUUCACGCCAUUGAGAACACUGUAAAUUUAGACAUUGUCUCUAGGCAUCAUACAGUAUGUGUUUAUAUUUGUUGUCACUAUUAUCGGAGAGCUAUUGAAGCAUUGUUAAUUGCUCUCAUGAAAAGAUGAUUCACGGGGUGCAUAGAUGAAAGUCUUGAUUAAAUCCAAUUGAUACUGAUCUCAUUGCUACCUCUACGGUUAUCAUUACAAUAUACCUAAGUCAACUCAAGCCAAACAUACAGUGAUAAUUGCAUAAUGGGUCAUAUUUGUUUUAAACAAGACAUGAACAUAGAAUUUUAAGGAAAAGUUGAAGUUUAAGCGUAUGAACCUAACAUUGAUGUUUUUUCUCAUUUAUUACCUGUUUUGUCACAUGCAAAAGCGCUGAUGUGAUAGAUUUCAACAAUUAUUAUAAAUUACAUGCAAUACCUAACAUUGCAUUUAAUGCAUAUUUUAUGAGGCUAAUAGGUCAAUUAUUUAUAGGUCACUUUAGAGAAAAGUAUGGUGUAAGGGUUGUAGAGUUAUACUUUUUUCCCCUGUUUAGUUUGGUCAAAAGCUGUACUGUCAGGUGGGAAAAUGGACUGAUAUUUUGUUUAACCUUUGAAAUGUAUGUAUACUUGUGAGACAAUGAUGUAAGAGCAUACUUAUUUGCAUCCUUUUUUUUUUUUACUUAUUUCCAUCCUUUUAUAUUGGGUUAAGGAUCCCGGCAUAAAUCAAGACUAUACUCUUAUGGAUAUUUUCAGACAGCUAAAACAGGCUUUGAGUUUUAAUGUUUCUUUUUGAUGUUCUGAAUUUAGCUGUUGUAUGGAUAGAAAUUUUUCUGAUGCCUUUAAAUGAUAUUGUUGAAUUUUUUUUUAUCAACACGUCUGUUGGGUAUGCAAUGAAGAUGUAAGGUUCAGGCUACAAAAUCAAAAGAAAACAAUACAAAGAAUAUUUUUAUUUUAUAAAUCACAUGUACUCAGAUUUACGUAUCAUUUCAAUGAUUUUUCUUUGACAAGAGAUUUAUAUGAAAUAACUACCAAAACAUCGAAUGAGAAAUAAACAAGUGUACAUGUA